AUGAUGACGUCACUAUAUGCGAUCUCUUUCCUUGCUGCACUUGUUGGAAACUCCCUUGGAGUGUACAUCAUAUGUUGGAAAUGUGGAACUAUCAAAGCAGCCACCAAUCUACUAAUAGCAAACCUUGCUUUUUCCAAUUUGCUCAUCACUUUAAUUGUCAUGCCCAUGUCGGUGACGUACCUGUACAUCGGAAACCGCUGGCAUUCGGGGAUUGCAGGAACCAUAACUUGCAAGUUCACCCAAUAUCUGUUCUUGUUUCCCAUCGCCACAUCCAUCCUGACCAUAUUGGUGGUGUCUAUAGAUCGUUUCUUUGCUGUGUUCUACCCGUUGAAAGGGCAAGUUUUUCGUAGGCCCAAGACCAUGACAGCCUCGAUUUGGAUUUGUUCGGCGAUACUCAUGAGUCCAGCCCUGGCAAUUUUCCAGGUGGUCUCUGACGGCGACGGAUCAUGGUCCUGUGUACUCUACUUUGGCGAAAAUCAACAAAGGGCCGACACCCUUUUUAAAGUGUAUUACAGCCUCAUUUUUGUUGUGCUUUAUUUGUUGCCUCUACUUAUUAUUUCUAUUCUGUACUCGCUUGUUUGCUACAAACUUUACAUCCGAAGACUACCCGGGAACACAGGAGCCCAAGCGUAUAAGAUUGCAGUGGAGAAGGCGAAACGCAAGGUUAUCAAAGUGCUUGUUAUGAUAGUGGCCGUGUUUGCGCUGUGCUGGUUUCCCGCUCAUGCGAUGCAUUAUCUCAUUGCAUUCGAUAGAGACGGUUAUUCUAAAAUUCCCUCUUAUCUUUUCCCCUUAUUUCUGUGGAUCUCUCACUCAAACAGUGCCAUCGACCCAUUUUUAUACAUACUACUAAGCCACAAUUUUCGUAGAGAGUUUCGCAAGGUUAUAAAUCAAUGUGGUCUUUAUAAGAAGAAGAAAAGUUUUCACAGGCGCCUCUCGAAACUCUCAAUUAACUUAUCGAAAAGAAAUUGGGAUACGAGACGCAUAAGUUCUCGUAAGAGUGGUUCCAAUUUCUGGUCGUUCCGCAGAACUGAUCUGUACAAAGCGGAAUUGGACGAGGAAAGAAAUGGAAAAUACAAUAUUCAACAUUUGAACGCAGCUAACGAAAAACCAGUUGUAGAAGAACUUCUCAGAGCAGCGCCCUUGGGUGAUCAUGUUUUGUAG